AUUUUGUUGGUGUGGUGUUAGUGGUUAACAUAGCGAACAAGUGAAAAUUGUUUUGCCUUUAAAAAAUCAAAUCUUUAAGAUAGAUAGUGAUCAAAAGUAAUUAUAAUUAUGUCAAAACUGUUUCAACAUGAUCAAUCCUGAAUAGAAGAAAAACAAACCUGAAUUAAACCUGAAAUUAAACCCUGAAAUCACCUAACAGUAAUUUUAAUUGGACAGAAAGGUUAAAAAAAAGUCGGACAACCUAAAGCCCAUCAACCUGUUCAUUUCUUCAUGUAAAGUGAUUAUACAGCUUGCGACUAAACCUAACACUCAAAUUUUGUUUUCAUCUUUUUAUCUCUCACUUGGACUUUAAUUUCUUCUCUAUCAUUCUUUUACUCACUUUUUUAAUGGCUAGCUCAUCAUACUCAUCGACAUCAUCAGCACCAUCUUGCUUCUCAUCGGUAACUUGUUCAUCUAUCUUAUCAAUGAAAAGGAAAAUGAUUACUUAUAAUUCCAAUGAAUUGUCUCUAAACUAGGCUAUAACCAUCAUAAUUCAACCAUCCAACUGUUUCAUAUAAAAUAACUUUCCUGUGCUUUUGCCAUCAACUUAUUUUACAACAAAUCAACCAAAUAUUCAUCAUAGUUCAUAUACAAUGGAGAUUAAAUACAAAGCUGUUUUAGCAUCGUUCCUACUGUUAUGUUUCGCACAUCAGUAUUCAACCAUUUUCCGAACCCUUGUAAACUUUUUGGGUAUCCUCACCAUUCUUGCUGUUUUUGCAUGGGAACUUGGACCCAUUUUAGCUUCAUUUUUCAUCAAGCCUUUUGCUUCUAAGGUAAAUCCUAAAGGCAAGGCCGUUCUAGUCACAGGAUGUGACUCAGGCUUUGGACAUGGAGCUGCAUUGUUAUUAAAUAAAAUGGGUUUCAAAGUAUUUGCUGGUUGCUUGUUUCCAAAUGGACCAGGAGCUGAAAGUUUAAAAUCAAAGGCAGAGAAACCUGAUCAACUAAUUGUGGUCAAAAUGGAUGUCACAAAAGAUGAAGAUUUAGAUGCUGCUUAUGAAACAAUUAACUCCACUCUUAGCCAGAAGAAUAGCAAUGAGAAACUUUGGGGUUUAGUUAAUAACGCUGGCAUUCUUAGAAUGGCUCCAAUUGAAUGUGGCGAUUUCAAUUAUUUUGUUAAAGAUCAAUUUGAUGUAAAUGUUUUUGCCGUUGUCAAAGUAACUCGUAAAUUUUCACCACUCAUAAGACAAUCGAAAGGAAGAGUUGUAAUCCUUUCGUCGAUUGCUUCUCGAGUCUCAUUGCCACCAUUAGCUGCCUACUGCAUGUCCAAACAUUGUAUCACCGCAUUUGGUGAUUGUUUAAGAGAGGAAAUUGCAGAUGCUGGUGUUAAAGUUACCACAAUCGAACCUUAUUUCUAUGGAACUGAUAUGUUAAGGACAGUUAAUUUGAAUGAACAUGACGACAAAUGUUGGAGCACCACAGAUGCUUCAAUCAAGAAAGUUUUCAGUCAAUCAUCUUACAAAAAGAUGAUUGCCGACUUUUUCACACUCAUCCAAUUGAACGCUUUAGGUGCUAAUCAAGAUCCUGGUGAAGUUUCACGGACCGUUGCUAAAGCUUUAACUGACCCAGAACCUUUGUACAGAUAUAUUUGCGCUUCACCUUAUAUCAAGCCUCUUCUUUUGCUCGGACAAUUAGUUCCUAGAGAAAUUUUCAUCUGGUUUUACCAAAAAAUUUUCGAGGUCGCAAACAAUCAGCUGGAAAAAUCAAAAGCUCACUAAAGUAUCUGUAACAAAUCCAACUCAAAUUGACAAAUAAUCAUCUUUUACAAUCGCUGAAAGAGAAAAAAUAUAUUGUAUAUUGUGUGGAAUCUUUAAAGUCCACAUUUAUUUAUCUAGCAAACAAUUUAGCUUGUUAAAAAUGAACAAGUUAGAUUUUAUAAAGAAAGUAAAUACGAAGUAAAUUUAAAAAUGUAAAGUUAAUUUCGCAGCAAAUAUGAAAGAAAGUGUUCCAGACUAAUAAUCAACCAGAUAUCUAAAUAUUCGGGUUGCUAUACAGAUUUUGUAAAUGGCAAUUAUAGAUCAUGUAUAAGGUGGAUAAUUAUUUUUAUUAAUAUUGAUAUUUUUUUAAAA